UCACUGAAAACGCAGGAAGCUUGAGUAUAAAACUCACUCAGAAAAAAAAAAAAAGAACACAUACUCAGAAGAAACCACAGGGCCUAUCGGCCUGUCGUCAUCGAGCAGACUAGAAUAGUGUAGAAAACCCUAGGCAGAGAGGAAAUGAACUUCAGAGAAGGGGAACACACGGCUGAGAAGAGAGAGGCAAGGGCAGGAGAGAAGGAGAUUGCUGAAGCCUGGGGCCCCGAGAUGGUCAGAGGAUGGGAGACGGGGCAGUGAAACAAGGCUUCCUGUAUCUUCAGCAGCAACAGACGUUUGGAAAGAAAUGGCGCCGCUUCGGGGCCUCACUGUAUGGAGAAUCGGACUGCGCCUUGGCCCGGCUGGAGCUGCAGGAGGGCCCGGAGAAGCCACGUCGGGGUGAGGCUGCCCGGAAGGUCAUCCGCCUCAGUGACUGCCUGCGGGUGGCCGAGGCCGGCGGAGAGGCCAGCAGCCCCCGGGACACCAGUGCCUUCUUCCUGGAGACCAAGGAGCGCCUGUACCUGCUGGCGGCCCCCGCUGCGGAGCGCGGCGACUGGGUGCAGGCCAUCUGCCUCCUGGCCUUCCCGGGGCAGAGGAAGGAGCCCUCGGGGCCAGAGGGAAAGCAGAGCCGGCCCUGCAUGGAGGAAAAUGAAUUGUACAGCAGCGCGGCCACAGUUGCCCCCCACAAGGAAUUUGCUGUGACCAUGAGACCUACAGAAGCCAGCGAGAGGUGCCACCUGCGGGGGUCUUAUACCCUCCGGGCUGGGGAGAGUGCCCUGGAGCUGUGGGGUGGGCCUGAGCCAGGGACCCAGCUGUACAACUGGCCCUACAGGUUUCUGCGGCGCUUUGGGCGGGACAAGGUAACCUUUUCCUUUGAGGCAGGCCGGCGCUGUGUUUCUGGAGAGGGCAACUUUGAGUUUGAAACCCGGAAAGGCAAUGAGAUCUUCUUGGCCCUGGAAGAGGCCAUCUCUGCCCAGAAGAAUAAUGCACCCACUACACUGCAACCCCAGCCAGCCACAAUCCCCGCCUCGCUGCCCCGGCCUGACAGCCCCUACUCCCGGCCCCAUGACUCGCUGCCGCCGCCUUCACCCACCACACCGGUGCCUGCUCCACGGCCUCGGGGCCCGGAGGGGGAGUAUGCCGUGCCCUUCGAUGCGGUGGCUCGUUCCUUGGGGAAGAACUUCAGGGGCAUCUUGGCAGUCUCUCCUCAGCUCCCGGCCGACCCUUUGUACGACAGCAUUGAGGAGCCCCCUCCUCCUCGACACGACCACAUAUACGAUGAGCCCGAGGGAGUGGCUGCCCUGUCCCUGUAUGACAGCCUACAGGAGCCCCGGGGUGAGGCAUGGAGGAGGCAGGCAACAGCUGACAGGGACCCUGGUGGCCUCCAGCAUGUCCGCCCAGCCGGGCAGGAUUUCUGUGCCUCUGGCUGGCAGCCAGGAACUGAGUAUGACAAUGUUGUGCUUAAGAAAGGCCCGAAGUAACAGAGGCAGCAGAGGGAUGGUCCACCGCCCCCUGGCUUCUGCUGGUGACUCCUCCUGACCACUGCAUCAGAAGAACCUCCUCUGCCCCUUCUGGAGCCCGAGGCCUGGCCUGCCUUCGUUGGGGCUGAUAAAUUGCCUCUCCCAGGGCCUGCUGGGUGAGUCACCAUCCCAAAGCAGGAAGGGUGCCCUGGAGAGAACCACCCUCCUCCUCCUCUUUUUCCACUUCCUCCUCUUUCUUUCCCCAGCUGAGGGGGAAACUGGGGCAUUUAGGGCAGAGGGCAAAGGAUGUCAGCAAUUGCCUGGCAUUUUCCUGCACCUUUCAGAUUUCUCGGUGCAGCUUCCUGCACCUUUCAGAUUUCUCGGUGGCAUUAAAGCAUUUUUGGAACA